AUGGCAUUAGCGCAGAGCGGCUACGAAUACAAUAAACCAGGAAAGCCUUUCGGGCAGAAUACAUCUAUCCGGCCAGGCUAUCCCUCAAGUGGAUACCCAAGUUCGACACCAUCAUAUCCCAGUGGAUCUCAAGAUGGGUACCCCGGCACUACACCGUAUCCAUCAGGUAUAUCUACGGGAGCUAAUUAUCCAGGACAAGGACCAUCAGGACCUGCAGGUUACCCGGGUCAGUCUGACAAUAACUAUCCCGGUCAAAAUUACCCAGGAUCUACUGGACCUUCGGGACCUUCAGGCUAUCCAGGACAGCCCGGUUACCCCGGUCAAAAUUAUCCAGGACAGACAGCUCGUCCUACCACACCAGGAUUUGGGCCAGGUUCCUCAGGUUCUGUGACAGGAGCCCCAGGAUUUGCACCAGGAAACUCAAACUUUGGACCAGGUGCACCCGGAUUUGGACCUGUAGGAUCAGGCUUUGAUUCGGGAGCGUAUGAGGGUGGCGAUUAUUCUGCUAUCCCUGGAGAACCUGAUAAAGACUACCCCAUUUUGUCGUUUGUUCCCGAAACAUCGUUCAGAUGUGAUGCUCAGCCUUACCCGGGCUAUUACGCUGACGUUGAAACUCGUUGUCAAGCAUUCCACGUGUGCGCUAAUAACAUAACUUAUGACUUUCUUUGUCCGAAUGGUACAAUCUUUUCACAAGAAGUUUUCGUCUGUGUUUGGUGGAACCAAUUUGACUGCAACUUAGCUCAAAGUUUAUAUGAAUUAAACGCAAACAUAUACGACUACUCCAUCAUUGGAUCUCAGCAACAAGUUUCUUAUCCUGGAAGUCAAGGUCCCUCAUAUCCAGGUAACCAAGGCUCUCAAGGUUCUUAUCCUGGUAAUCAAAGCCCUCAGGGUUCUUAUCCUGGUAAUCAAAGCCCUCAGGGUUCUUAUCCUGGUAAUCAAAGCCCUCAAGGUUCUUAUCCUGGUAGCCAAGGUCCAUCAUACCCAAGCAGCCCAAGCCCUCAGGGCCCCUCAUACCCAGGACCUUCUACAUCUUAUCCGGAUAAUUUUGGAAGCCAAGGACCAUCAUCCGGGUAUCCUAGCAGCCCUUACCCACAAGGAACAACCCCGUCAUAUCCUGGAAUUCAAGACGCCUCGACAUACCCCGGAACAAGACCCAACCCCAGGCCAGGUCAACAAGGAUCUAGUUCAUAUCCAGGUAGCUCAAACUAUCCUACGACAGGACAACAAAACAAGUAUCCAUCUUCACAAGAAAAUUACCCUGGACCGCAAAGUACUCCAGGAUAUCCAGAUUCACAAUCGAACCAGGGUUAUCCAUCGGGAAGACCUUCAGGACCCAGUUUCCCAACUGGUACAACCAGACCCCAAGGCUCAAAUACGGCGUAUCCUCAACCACCUAACCGAGAAUACUUACCGCCUAGAAAAUAA